AUGGUCUCCUUCCACAUCACCGAGCCUCACCCAUCCAUCGGCUCCUCCUACGUUAUGUACUCUGGCCGAGGCGGCGCCGGCAACCAUGUGCGCGUGAAGCCAUCCGAUGUGACCAACGGCGCCACCGCCAGCGGACCAGCAUCGCGCGCCAAGCUCGCGCCUCCUCCAACCAACGCCUUCUUCGCCACAGGCCGUGGUGGCGCAGGCAACAUGCGCAAAGCCGAAAAGGAGCGCACCAUGUUCAGCUUCGACGAGGAGCUCGCACAGCAAGAGCGUCUGCGCUCCCAGCAAGCCCCCGUGUACCACAUCGGGCGCGGCGGCGCCGGCAACCUCAUCGACGAGAUGAAGCCCCGAUCCCAGCGCCAGAACUCAACCGGCUCUGCCAGCUCAGUCGAGAGCGAGAAGGACGGUGUCAGGCGCAGCAUGGAGAGCGCGUGGCGCAGGAUGUCGAGGCAGUUCUCUACCUAA